CUGUUUGAGAUAUUGAUAGACCUAGUGAUCAACAUGCUAAAACUUCAUUAAUUUUUAACGUGCUUCUGGGUUAGAUUUUCUUAACUGCGUGUUACAGAGGUAAAGGUUGUGCAAAGGAUUACUGAGGAACAUGAAUGUUUUCAGGUUUAGAUUCCCAACCAUUCAACAGCUGAAAAGGUCACUGAAGAACCAUUGGGGAAAACUUUUGAUAUUUUGUUUUUUACUGGUGGUGUUUGCUGGGGUACUUGUGUUAAUUGCAGUUCAGAAUGAAGACUUUGUGAUAUUUGCAAGGUCUCUAUUCCGUUCAUUUGACUACAAGAGACUAGCUAAGGAGUACAGUGAUGAAUCUACAUUAUAUGUGGACACAACAAAAGCAGAUGAACUAUUCAAGAAAGUGAAAAUCUUGUGUUUUGUGAUAACAACAUCAAGCAAACUGGACAAAACUAUUCCAGUGGUGAAUGCAACAUGGGGGCAGCGCUGCAACCGUGUUCUGUUUGUGCUCUGUCCCCCUGACAAAAACAAUCCCCAUUUCCUAAGCACCUGUCAUAUAGGAGAAGGAUCCAGCCAUCUCACGGCAAAAGUUAGACACGCCUUUAAGGUGUCUUAUGAUAACUAUUUGGAUGACUAUGACUGGUUUCUGAAAGCAGAUGAUGACACUUAUCUAGUCAUGGAAAACCUCCGUUAUGUUCUGUCCCAUCAUGACCCCAACAAACCUGGUUACCUAGGAUACCAUUUCCAGAAGUUCAUGCACCAAGGUUAUGCUUCAGGGGGUGCAGGUUAUGUGGUCAGUCGGAAGGGGGUUAAAGAUUUGGUGGAGAAAGGAUUCCAGAUGGAUGAAGAGAGGUGUAAAAAGGAUGGUGAGAUAGAGGAUAAAUACAUUGGACAAUGCUUAGAGGCCAGUGGGGUACCAGUGCUGAGUUCAAUUGACAGAUUCGAAAGACAGACAUUCCAUACAGAUAAAAUUUGGCAACAUGUAUGGGGGACAUUCCCAAAAUACCUUGUGUCAUAUUCCAGAGAUCCAAUGAAGGAUGGUAGUAACUGUUGUAGCCAGUUCCUGAUCAGUUUCCACCAUGUGGACGCGGGAGCCAUGAUAUUCGUCCACCAGCUGCUGUACAGGACCAGCGUGUACGGGAGGAACCUUCCUCAGAACAUUCCCAGCGAUCUCUUCCCCGUCAAGAAAGUUCCGCCUAAAGAUGUGAUCGACAAUAAGAUAUAAAUGAACUUAUUUAUUCAUUAGAUAACUUUUAAUUAAUGUAUUUACAGAGAGAAGUCCCCCCUAGCUCCUUUCAAUAUUCAAUUUUGCCUCAUUCAUCCACAUGGCUUAAUUUUGAGAAUAUUUGAAAUGGUGCUGGUUAAAAAUGAUAAGUUAUACAUUAUUUAUUUUAAACGUGAUCUUGUUACGGGUUAUGCAAACUAACAAGAUGAAACAUUUUUACAAAACUAACGGUGUGAAAAGAAUCAUGAAUACAAUAUGAAUCCAUACUAAGUUCAUGUUGGUAACGUGGUUUUUGUUUUCACUUGAUUUUACACAUAUUUUUUUGGGCUUAUUUUACCCUACAUGUACAUACAUGUGAUAUUUAUUUAUCAUAUAUUUUGCACUUAUAAAUUUAGGAUAGUGUCACGAGUUAAUGACUUGUGACUAUGGAAUUCCAGAUAAUGUUUGUACACAAUUUCACAUGAAUGUAAUUCAAUGAGACUGUGUAGAUUUUAUGAAUUCCCCACCAGUAAAACUGGGCUGAUCCAUAGAUGUUUUCUGUGUUCAUCCUUUAGUCUUUCUCUCACUUAGCUACUCUGUCCAACUUUUUUCCCAUUCCACAUUUUGUCACCCUCUGAUAUGAUCUGCAGUAUGAAUGUGAUUGAUUCCAAAGUCUCGUUGUGGGCGUCAUAACAUAUAUGCUGGUACAAAUCAGGUUCCAAUCUGGAGAUUUUUGUUUUUAACAAUUGCUUACAGUAGCACACAUCAAUGUUUUAUAAUUGUCAUGGUGUCCCCACAUCAAAAGUACAUGUAUUUUACUCUGUGGAAUUUUUUUUUACAUAGGUCACAACGAUAAGACAGAGGACCCCCAAUUUGUGUGUGGGGAAUUUUUUUUUUUUGGGGGGGGGGGGGGAGUGGGUGUGUUUGUUUGGAGGUGGGGGAAGAAAUCUGAUCAAAUUGUAAACUUAUUGAUGUGCUAUAUUUUAAGAACAGCAAUAUAUAUUAUUUAUGGGUUUGGGUUUUUUAUUAUUUAUUUACUAAUGCUCAGUAUCAUCAGAACAACUAUUCCUUUUAUCUUCAUUUCAGUUCAUGAAUUGAUCAAUGGUGGACAUGCUAUCUCAGUUAAUGCAUUUCUAGUCAUAAGAAAAUAUGUAAAUGGUGUUGAUUUAUUGUGAAACAUUUGGGUAAUUAAUUAAUCUCUACUAACCAGAUUGUGCUGGCAUGCACACCAGUGUUGCAUAUUAACAUACAGUUAAACUUCAAUAUCUCAAACACCGAUAUCUCGAAUACAAUGGAUAUGUCGAAGUGAUUUUUAAGUCCCAACCACCUAUUUUUUAUGUAUAUUACCCUCGAUAUCUCAAAUAUUCGGAUAUCUCGAAGUUUUUCAAUAGCCCCAUCUAGUUCGAGAUAACAAAGUUUGACUGUAUAUAGUAAACAUAGGAAAGCCUUAUUGAUAAGUAAACUUAUCAUAAAUUGAUAAGGAAUAACUUUACCAUCAGACAUGAAUAAGCGUAAAUUAAGUUUAUAAAAUUACUGCCUUUGUUUGUCUGUUUGAUAUUUUUUCAUCCACUUUACACUUAUAUAACCUGCCUACCACCAUUACCACAAUUAUUGUGAAUUACUGUUUAACUUAUGCUAUAUGGCAAUGUAUGCAAGUUAUACGCCAAUUAACUACAGCAACUCUAAUACAUGUAGACAUAUAUCUAUGUCUGAAAUGUAUACCAUUCAAAGUACUUGUGAUAUGUUACUUACAUAUUUAGCUAUUGUUUUUCAAUGCAUGUUGUGAAGAAAUAAAAUGUAAAUAUAA